GGGGGCCGAGCCCCGAGAAGCCGCGGGGCGCUGCACCUGGCCUCGGCGAGGCCGCCGAUUGGACGGCUCUGGCGACCCCGCUGUAUCGCGAGACGAGAUUGGCAGCGCGGGGCAGCAUGUGCCCCCGCGCUGGCUUUGUACGCCGAGCUGUCUGCCGGUCCUUUAACAAUGGGCGGCGCGAGCGCCCCGGCGCCGGCCGGAGCUGAGACCCGGGCUUCGCGGCCGACUGUCCGCAGCAUGAGCGGGGCCGGCGCCGCCCGCACGCCAGCGGGACUGGGGCUGUGAGGACCGCGGUUCCGGACUCGUGUCGCCGCGUCUGGUCGGGCGCGCCGCCGGCUUCCAUGGAGCUGGAGGGGCAGUGGUGGCGAGGACAGCUGGCUGCCGACAUCCACCAGGCGCUUCGGUACAAGGAGCUGAAGUUGCCCUCCUACAAAGGCCAGUCCCCUCAACUAAGUCUCAGGAGGUAUUUUGCUGACUUGAUUGCCAUUGUGAGCAAUCGCUUCACGCUCUGCCCUUCUGCCCGACAUCUUGCUGUCUAUUUGCUGGACCUGUUUAUGGAUCGCUAUGAUAUCUCUAUCCAGCAGCUACAUUUAGUUGCACUUUCCUGUCUACUUCUAGCAAGUAAAUUUGAAGAAAAAGAAGAUAGUGUGCCUAAGCUGGAGCAGCUCAACAGCCUGGGUUGUAUGACUAAUAUGAACCUAGUGUUAACAAAACAAAAUUUGCUACAUAUGGAGCUAUUGUUACUAGAAACCUUUCAGUGGAACCUCUGCCUUCCAACAGCUGCCCACUUCAUUGAGUAUUAUCUUUCUGAAGCAGUACAUGAAACAGAUCUUCAUGAUGGCUGGCCAAUGAUUUGCUUGGAAAAAACUAAACUCUACAUGGCCAAAUAUGCAGAUUACUUCCUGGAAGUGUCUCUGCAAGAUUAUGCCUUUCUAAAUUAUGCACCUUCUUUAGUAGCUGCUGCAUGUGUGGCUUCUUCGAGGAUUAUACUGCGUCUUUCUCCAACGUGGCCUACAAGAUUACAUCGUCUUACUGCUUACACCUGGGACUUCUUAGUGCAGUGUAUUGAACGGUUAUUGAUUGCUCAUGAUAAUGAUGUGAAAGAAGCAAACAAACAGAGAGGACAGGCAGGCCCUCAGUCAGCACAAGUAGGUGUGUUCCAGACAGCCUCCCAACCCUCAAGGCCAGUUCACUUUCAGCAACCACAGUAUAUCCAUCAGACUCAUCAGACCUCGCUGCAGUAUCACCAUCCUGUAUCAGAACAACCAAGCUGUCAGCAGAUUGUAUCUACCACACACACCUCAUCUUACACACUACAGACAUGUCCUGCUGGCUUCCAAACUAGUGUUCAAGGCCUUGGGCACGUGCAGACUGGCGUUGGGAUGUCCCUGGCAAUACCAGUAGAAGUUAAACCCUGUCUGAGUGUCUCUUAUAACCGGAGUUACCAGAUAAAUGAACAUUACCCUUGUAUUACUCCAUGCUUUGAAAGGUGAUUGUGUGUUCAGGUAAUAACUGACCCAGACUGUUACAGCUCUGGGGCAAGCUUUGGAAACUUCAAAAGGAAAGGGAUCCAAAUAACAUCAGAACUCUUCAGGUUCCAGCACCCAGAAGACUGAAUACCUAGGAGGACUAAGCAAACACUUUAACUAUGUGCAUCAAAUCCUGUUACAACAAAUCUCUCUAUGACAAAAAUGUUCAAGCCCUGGCUGAUGGUCCAAAUAUUUCAAAAUACUCAGUACAGCAGAAUAUUUGGACAGACUCCAGUUUGCUAUUUUGAGAUUUGACCUGUGGUAGGUUUUGGGCCUUGUGUUGGCUUAUAUGUCAAAGACUAAUGUUUAGCUGUGUACUUGCCAAACCGUUUUUUUAUGAAGGAAAGUUGCAGUAUUAAUUUUUGAAGAAAUCCUUUUUUAUUCUUAGCAGUUUUGAGUUUUCAUUUUGACCUUAACAUGUGAGUUUCUGAGUUUGAACUCAUGAAUUGUUAUACUAUACCAAUCUGUGCAGUUAAAAAAAAAAAUUCUAUGUAACUUCCUAUCAAAGUAAUAUAGGUUUCUGGGUUGAUGUACUAAAAUUAGGGAUGGAGGGGAUCUCUUAAUCAUGGUCAUAAGUUUUGUUCUGUUUUUUCUCCUUAGUGAUUAACCUCAAAUCUUUAGAAUUAAAACACAUUUAACUCAGGGAAUUUGUACUACUUGGAAACACUUAACUGUAAUGCAACAUGCUUUGGGAGUGUUACAGCGUGAACUACCUUUAUAACAGGUUGAAAUAGUCCUGCUAGGAUUUGUUUUCAAAUAAGAACAUAAUAUUGUAGCACAGAAUGAAUGAAGUGGUGGUUCCUGUGACUCAUAAGACAUAUGUAGGUUUUGCAUUUCUCAGUGCAAUCAAUGAUUUAUAGUCAGAUUUGAUAUUACUCUUAAAAAUUUUUUUCAAGGGAAGGUAUAACUAAAAUAUACCAGUACUACAAUAAAGUUCCAUAAGUUUCUUGUGGAGUGAGGGUGGCCAUGGUAGUACUCAGGUUGUGCUAGUGCAGCACUUUCUUAUGUGGGGGAUAGUUUUAUAAGCAACCUUGGAAUCCAGCUAGUUGGUCUGAAAAGGCAGGGGGUACUGAUUAUAAAAUUUCAAUAGCCACUUUCAUUUGAUGGGCCCUACAAUUGCCCUGGGACAUUUCAGUGUACUAGUAGUGGGUAAAAAGAGCAAUAAUACUCAUUAUAGCAAGGGCAACUUGGGCAUAAAGUGUUUUGGGGGAAUAGACUUAAAAGUAAAAAGAAAAAUGUAAUAACUGAUAAACUGCAUUGUGCUCUUAUCCAUGGGAGAAGAGAGAUUCGGUGGAGGGAAGAUUCCUGGUUUGAAAAUUAGUAAGGUAUGUCUAUUUUUGUUUUUUUAAGUUAGCACUUGAAUAGAAGGGAAUCUGCAUGGCAGAUUUGUGACUGCCACAAUGUGCAUUGAAAACAAACUUACUACAAAGAUGUGGGUAUGCAGCAGGAGCUCAGUAAUCAAGCCAAUGGCCUUUGUUAGGAAUGGAAGGGCUCAACACAGUAAUGGACUGACCCAGGUGGCUCCAGUGGAUGAGUGUGGUAGGUAGCUUUUGCCAGCAUGAAUUCUUAGAGAAAUGUACUUUCCUCAAAAGGAAACUAACUUUUAUAUUUUGAGUACACAGGUCAUGAUGUGGACUUAGUAGUCUGGUAAAUGAAACAAAAAACCCACUCAGGUAAGGACACUUACUCAUGGCAGUUUUCAAACAUGAAAUUGUUUUCCAAAAGUACCAUCACUUUUCCUCUUAAGAAAAAAAAGCUGCUAAUUGGAUUUUAGUAAUUCUUAACCUUAAGAAAAUUUGAAUUAGUUGGAGGAAAGUAGGUUCAAAAAUAAUGUAUCUUACACAAUAGAACCCAGCAACCUGGAGUCUGGUUUUCAAUAUUGUAACUACCUCAGUAAUGCUAUGAAUGUAAGAUAUUGGGAUAGAGAUCCUAACUUGAAACAACAGCCAGUGCCUGUGCUAAUUUAAUGUCUUGUCAAAUGCUUUUAUUGACUGGUUUAUAUGUCAUUCUUGUUAUAGAAGAAUAUGCCUUUUUAAAAGCUUAUUAACACUUCCCCAGUUUAUAUUUUAAAAGCUAAAUAACACUGGAUUAAUCUUUUGGGGGUAAAAUAAAAUGAUUGAUUACUAUUGCUGCAUACCCAGGGUAGGGCGGGUACCUGGAGAACCAGAACUAUUUUUAAAACAUUAGGUUUCAAUAUAAAUACAACUCAACAACUGUUAGCUUUUGGGGGAGGGGGGUAUCGUGUGGGUUCUGUUUUGUUUAAUUUAUUGAUUAGUCUUUAAAGUUUUUUUUUUUUCUUGAGAUUACUGGACCAUAUGUAUACUGUGAAGAGAUUAAUGAUAUGUAUAAAGGGCUUCACCAAAGUCCACUAAAUAAACACUACUCAAGUACAGACUGCAAACCAAAAUGUAUCUGUGUAUGACAUUAAUUGCAAAUAGUCAUAUGGUGCUAAAGUCUACACCAAUGGAACUAGAUGAGUGCUAUGCACUUAAUUUUAAAAUAAAACUAGUUUUCA